GAUGCGGAGCAGCAGCAGCAGCAGCAGCAGCACGUCAGAGUGAAGCCACAUCUCCACCUCAUCACACAAGACAGACAAAGCCAACCUAAAUUAUUUUAGUGCCAUAAUUAUCUGAGAACUCCCCAAGGUAUUUGACAGUCAGAGAAGGAAUUAAUGAAAGGAAGAGGGCGGAGUAAACCGCCGCCACUGUGGUGCGACAGAUGUUGGGGAAUUCUUGUUGAAUGUGAAGAAAAGGAGGAAGAGGAGGGCGAGGGAGACUGUCCUGAACUCGGAUGAGCAUGUGAGCGUUAAAGCCAGAAAGGAUUUGCGAUGAUGAUUCCUUCCCUGAAAACAUCCACUGGACAUUUGGAGAAAUGCUUUAGAACCAGACCACUUCCCUACAGAGGACCUAACUCAAGAAUGGUUCCUGCAUAACUGGUUAUGAAAAUCUGCACUCCAAGUCUGAAAAGGCAGGGGGUAAGAUGUUUGUGGAGUCAGUUGUUCGAUGGUGUGUGUGGAGCAUCCUGCUACAGUUUGGACUAGGUGUAUCUGCAGGAGGCUGUCCUACACGCUGUAUGUGCCGACUUGAGGCAAGAGAAGCGAUUUGCUCUGGCAAAUAUUUGACUUCUGUGCCAGAGGGUUUCUCCAACGAUGCCAGGCGUUUGGAUUUAUCCCGCAAUAGGAUUAAAACUGUGGGACGUCGUCAAUUCUCUGGCCUACUGCAACUUCAAGAGCUGGACCUCAGUGAUAAUAUAAUCUCCAUGAUUGAGGUAGAGGCUUUUUUGGGCCUUAGGAAUCUUAGGACACUUCGAAUUAAGAAUAACCGUCUCAAGAUCCUUCCAGUUGGGGUGUUCUCAGGCCUGUCCAGCCUUCGCUUUGUGGAUUUGAGCCAGAAUGAGAUUCUGGUCUUCUUGGACUACACAUUUAAAGAAAUGGCCAAUCUUCAAAGACUGGAAGCCGGAGAGAAUGACCUUGUCUUCAUCUCUCAAAGGGCUUUCUUUGGUCUGCAGAAUCUACAAGAGCUUAACUUAGACCGCAGCAACCUGACCUCCAUUCCCAGUGAAGCCUUGUCUCAACUCCAGAGUCUGGCAAAACUUCGCAUGAUACGCCUAACUAUUUCUGCAAUACCCAACAACGCUUUCCGACGACUCCACCGUUUGCAAAGCCUCAUGAUCUCAAACUGGCCAGCAUUGGACACAGUGGCUGCCAGCAGUCUAAUUGGUCUAAAUUUGACCUCGCUUGUCAUUAGUAGCUGCAACCUAAGCUCAAUUCCUUAUGCAGCACUUCGUCAUCUAGUGUAUCUGCGCUUUCUAGACCUGUCCUACAACCCUAUCAAUGUCAUCCAGGGUAACCUGCUGGGGGAUCUCCUGAGACUCCAGGAGUUGCAUCUUGCAGGGUCAAGUCUGUUACAAAUAGAGCCAGGAGCCUUCAAGGGACUGUCCUUUUUUCACAUGCUUAAUGUAACAUCAAAUCAGCUUACUACUUUAGAGGAGAGUGUUUUCCAUUCUGUGGGGAACCUUCAGGUGUUGCGGUUGGAUGGGAAUCCCCUUGCAUGUGAUUGCCGACUUCUGUGGGUGGUCCGUCGCAGGCUGCGCUUGAACUUUGAUGGACAUCAGCCCACUUGUUUUUCUCCUGAUAGGGUGAAACAUCGGGAGUUCAGAGAGUUCUCAGAAAAGGAACUUCCAAAGCUUUUCACCUGUCGUCCUGCUCGUAUCUUGGACCGCAGGCCACAGGAGGUGAGAGUGGAAGAGAGUACCACGGUUCAGUUUUCCUGCAAGGCUGAUGGGGAUCCAUUACCGGUGUUCACCUGGAUUUUCUCUCAUAAGACUGUGAUCUCUGCUUCAGGAAGAAUUAGAGUUUUGCCGAACGGUACUCUUGAGGUGCGUUUUGCCCAGGUACAGGACAGUGGUACAUAUCAGUGCCUGGCAGGAAAUGCAGCUGGCAAUGACAGCCUAACUGUGGGUCUACAUGUGAAGGGACUCCCACGUAACAGAUCCAUUCCUUUGUUCACAGAAGAAGACUGGGUUGAGCCUUCAACUGCCCAAGCUGCCAACUCUUCAGCACAAAUGGCCAAGCCGUACCCAUUUGAUGCAAAGACCCUGAUCAUCGCCACCACCAUGGGCUUCCUGUCAUUCUUCAGUUCUGUGGCCAUCUGUUUUGUCUUCAUGUUUUUCUGGAGUCAGAGCAAAGGUCAGAUCAAGCACACAGCAACUAUUGACUUUGUUCCUCGGUCUUCUGUUGGUGGAGGAGGGGAUGGAGGUGAUGGUGGCAGGUUUACUAUGAAGCUUAUUUAAAGAGAUGUAAGGUGAUGAGACAAGUCUCUAAAUGAAGUACAUCCACUAUAUGGCUCAAAGACAUGAUCUGCACUGAAUUCUCCUUGAGAAAGCAACCAGAGUAAGUUCUUUAAGACUAUGCCAGCCCCUCUGAGUUUUAGAGCUGGAAGUUACAUCAGUGGCUUUUUUCUGUCGUCUGAGUAAACACAGUCUCAUAAUCCUUGGGCUGUAAAGUUGCUGUGCAUUUGCUCUGCAUAUGUUUUCGACAUAUACUUUUAGCCAGAAUGUGCUUACUGGAGCUUUUUUUUAUUAUUUUAAGUAACAGUGCUAAAGAAUUAUCAUUAGGUUUAACUGUUCUUGUAUGAAAUUGUAGUAAAUUUGAAAUGUGCACUUCUUGAAAAAUAUGAAACAGACCAGAUGUUUUACUAAUGUACUCCAUCUUAUCUUCUCAUGCGAGAACUGGCUUUAAUUCUGUAACAUGAAAAUUGUAAGUAUAGUCAUAGAUUAGACAAAUAAUAUCUGACUUUAAACCAAAUGUUUUAUGAUUUUAAAGAUUUGUUUUAUUUUUUUAAGGUUGUUGCAUUGGAAAAAAAAAACAACAAAUGUUCAGCCUUUUUUCUAUAGCACUUAAAUCACUACGUAGGAGUGUCAAGCUACUAAUAGCAAGCCAUACUGUACAUAGGAAUGUAUCCCAACUGUUUCACAUUUUAGACUUCUGCCUUUCCUUUUGUUACACAAAUUCACCUUAUUAUAACUUUAGCUGACUGUUCAUUCUAUCAAAGCAUGCUAAGAUUUCUCUUUUUUAUAUUCAUGAGACAUAUUUUAUAAUGUAACUACACAAAACAGAGAAAUAUGUGCCUCAGUAACAUUCUCACCAUCGACAGAGAGAAUGCUCACCUGAACAAUAUUGUCUUGUUAAUAUUUAGGUAGGGGCAAUGUGUGUCCUUUGUUUAUUGCAUCAUUUUAUCUAGUUCUGGGGAUCAGUGUCCCUCAAAUAUGCCACUCGUAGUGCAUGUGUGCUUAAUUUAGUAUAUGCACAAUGUCAUAUAGAAAAUCAGUGCUUAAUGACACCUGGAAAGGAUGUAUUUAAAAACAGCACACAUGCAUUAACUUGUUUAUUUACUGUAAAUUACUUUUUUUCAGCCUGUUAUUAAAUGCCGAUCUCAAUCUUCAA